AGCUGGACAGAUGUCAGCUGAUAAGAAGUGACUUCCAUUUCUUUUAUAAUAUAUGACCUUAUUACCUCGUCAUUAGUGCCAUUAUGAGUGCCAAAGCCAGAACGAGGCACUUGCAGAUUAUAACUCCAGAAGAAGAACUAGAAAAUCUGCGAAAUGAAGUUGGGGUGCUGCAAAGGGCCGUGGAGAGCAAGAGUGCCGCAGUGGGCAUCCUCAGGUCGGAGCUGCAAGAGUGCCAGAGAGAGAGGGACAAGUUUCGCAUGAUGGCUGAGCAGGGGACGCUUCACAGGUCGUCUGCACCUGCCAUCUCGAAGCCCGCAUACUCAGACCCCGGUAGAUCUGCAAUGCUAAGUGGCUCGGAAGGAACCUUGGCCCAGCUCCUGUCACAGUCCAAGGAGGAAAACAAGAUGCUUCGACUCGACGUGACAGAACUGAAGUGUAAGCUGCAUGACGCCCAGGCUGACAUCAAGGUACUACGGGAGGAAGUGCACCGCCUGCGAGGUGGAGAAGGUCGCAGAAGGAGCAUUGCACACACCACAGUUAGCCAGCUGGCCCAUCAGGAGAGGGAGCAGUUCAUCUCACAAAUGGAGGCUCUCAGUGCGAAAUGCCAGGCCCUAGAGGGUGAUGUACGCGGCCUAGUUGAGGAGAGGGAGGAGCUGGUACGUGAACUGGAUGCCGCCACGCACAAGCUCCACCGACUCAACCACAUCCUCAACACUGUCCUGUCCUCCGUGUCGAGCCCAGGAGCACCUAGUCACCCCAAGAGGAUCAUUGACCUUGAUGCCAUCAUCACGGAGAACAGAUACCUUCAGCAGAGAAUGAAACAGACAGAAGAGGAGAGAAACCUUGCACGGAGUAAUGCAUCAAAGUAUAAGGCGGCACUGGAAAAGUGUCGUUCCCAGGGGUCACUCAAGCUAGGCACUUCGGAAAACCUAAUAGUUACCCCCAAGCAAGUGGGUGAGCUGCUGAAAGACUACCAAGGUGAAGUAGGCGGAGCAGCAGAGAGUGACCUGAAAUCGCUGUGUGUUGCCCUCGUUGAUGCGCUGAACCAACGAUCAAGAGCCUUAAGGACCCAGCGCUCUGCUAACAAAGUGUUGGUGGGACGAGUGACAGAACUCGAGAGACAGUUAGCCGCUGGGGAUGUCAAAGAUAUAGAAGGAACAGAUGGCAGUGAUGGGAGCAAGAGGCUGGCAGCAGGACCUCAGCUGGGGUCCCUUAGCCUGAUGGAUGGCUAUGUUCAUCCAUCGGGCCCCAUUCCCAAGUACUCGCAGGAGGAAAUCUUACAGGACCCACGGCUUGUGAAGCUCUUGCAGGGUAGCAGUGUUAGGGAAGGGGAUGUGAGUGCAAGGAAAGAAAAUGCUGAUCAUGGUGUUGAGAAAAAUGAAGCCAGUGUCUGCAAAGAAGACCCAAGAUGUAAAGCCUCAAGCGAGUCAGGUGUUGUGAAUAAACAGAGUCCAACAAAAGCUGAAUCUCAGACUAAUGUUGACAAGACACAGGGCAGUGCCUCCAAUAAAAGUGCCUCAAGUAUUAACAAUAUAAACAACCAGAAUACAGAACUUUCAGAGGGUAAUGAGGGGUGUGAGAAGAGAGAAUCAAGUAACAGUGAAAAGGAUUAUGUAAAGGAAAGGGACAAAGGACAGGAAAAGGGAGUCUCAGAAAUCCAGAAAGGCGAACAGAACACUAAGUCCUCACAGAAAGUCAGUAAAAAUGCUGGAAACUUAAGUGUGAACAGUGUUCCCACAAGUAAAGUAACCACAUACAUAAAUCCCAAUGAUGACCUAGAGGAAAUUAUACCCAUAGAUCAGUUGGACUCGUACAUCAAGGAGGUUCAGCUCCAGCGAAAGCAAACCAAGAAACCCGUUGCAACCUCUGAGUCAAGCCCUUCUGAGAAGAAAGUCAGUGAAGAGCCAGCUACCUCAAAUCCAGAAAGCAAAAUAGAUCAGCAUUCAAAAACUGCCAAUGGGACUGAGAGUACAGGUGUGCAAGAUAUCCAUUCAUUCUCUACACAGGUCAUAGAAGAGGAAGAAGAGGGGGAUGAUGAUGAUGACAGCAGUUUUGAUCUGGACAUCAGUGACUACGAUAGUGACAAUGACAACCUUGAUGCAGCCCUGGAGGAGUGGCAGAAGGACUUUGCUCCAAAGGGAGGUCAAGGCAAAAGUAAGGCCCUCAAGUCAAAAAGCAGUCCAUCCAAGGAAGGAAAGUCAAGUGCAAGAGAGAAAUUCCGUCUAUUCAAGAGGGACAACAGCUCAGAGACGGAGCUCCCUCCUGCCCUCCAAAAGCUCAUUGAUCAAGCCACUGCCGAUGCUAUAGGCGAUGGGAUGCAGUGCACCUGAGCCUGGCACUCACUGUCAGUUCUUGGGAAAAGUAAUGCAAAACAAGCCUUUUUCUUUUUGGUUUUGUCAUUUUUCACUUCUUUGAUUACACAUAUUGAGUUUUAUUAGAACACUGGUUAAAAGGUAAUAUGGUGAGGAUUCAAACUGUAGAACUUAUUCAAUAGAAAAGAUUUUAAUACUUAGAGACACCAUGAGGCCUACUGCUCAGCAUUAUACUUAAAAGACUAAUGAAACACAGAUCUACAUGAUAUAACAAUAAAAAAUUAAACUGAUAUAUGCAAUAGCAUAUCUAAAUACAGAAAAGUUAACAGUUAAGUUAACAGUUAGACCAAAUCACAUAUAUCUAAACUCAUAACUGCAUAAAUAUUAUUCAGAAUAACUAAUAAUCUAUUUCUAAACUGAUUUUCGAAGAAAUGAAAAGCAGAAGAAAGAUAAGAAAUAACAGGAAUACACAAACAAAUACAGUAUUACACAAGCAGACAAAUAAAAGGAUAAAAAGAGAGAAAGCACAUGAAUGAGUGUAUGAGUAAGAUAUGAGUGAAAGUGAGUGAGAGUAAGAGCAUGAGUGUGUGUGGCCAGUCCUUUGAGCAAAGCUGUAUAACUCGUCAGGAAUUCCCAUUUCUUAGACUACCACAAAAAAGGGAAACUGUAUUCACUGUAUUCAGACAAUAAGCUCUAAAGGGUCUGUUGUAUAACCGAAACUUCAUACCAUCCAAGUGAUUGUAUUUUUUUUUUUCUUAUUAGUGCUUCAGUUUCACAAAUUUGUUCAUAUAUUUCUAAGUGAUUUUGCUUUUAAUUAGCUUGUGAUUUUUGUUGGAUUCAUCUGUAUUACAAUUACAUUCCAUCAGAAUAGGCUAUUUCUGGCUCAUGAAACUUUUAAAUCAUUUGCAAAGAAAAUGGAAUAUGAUUCAAUAAUUUUUUUUUGCCUUCCUUUUGAUUGGAUGAAUGUUUUGUUCGGCACAAAUAAAAAAUUCUUGCUAAUUCA